UUAAUUUGUAACAUUACAAACUCUCACAUUUUAUCCUCCUCCUGAUAAUCACUACUACUACUAACCUACUAUACUUAUCCCACACAGAUUCUGGAAUCAAUAAGUACGUACCCCUUGUCGAAUUGAUUUCACAAUUAAACAUAGAAAUAAAGAAGAAGAUGUUAUUCGAAGAAGACGUUGUCAUAAUAAAAGAAGCCGAAAAAGAUGACGAAGAAACAGUUAUAACUAUAAACUGUCCUGAUAAAACAGGCCUUGGUUGUGAUCUUUGUCGCACCAUUCUCUUUUUUCGCUUAACCAUUAUUCGUGGCGAUGUAUCUACAGAUGGAAAAUGGUGUUACAUAGUGUUUUGGGUAAUCGGGCGGCCGGGUACAAUAUGGAGCUUAUUGAAGAAGAGACUAUUAGAGGCUUGUCCUUCUGUUUCUUCAGCUAAUAAUACCCUCAUAUUUUACCGACCCGAAUCACAACCACCCAAGGCUGCAGAUGUGUUUCUCCUUGAGUUCUGUUGUCAUGACCGACAAGGACUAUUACACGAUGUUACACAUCUGCUUUGUGAGCUUGAGCUUGUUAUUCAAAGAGUGAAAGUAUCGACUACCCCUGAUGGGACGGUCAUGGACUUGUUCUUCGUUACCGAUACCAGGGAACUAUUACACACGGACAAAAGAAAGGACGAUACACAGGAUUAUUUAAAAGCCGUUUUGGGGGAUGCUAUGAUAAGUUGUGAAAUAAAAAAAGUUGGACCUGAAAUUACCGCCUGUUCUCAAGGCCCGCCAUCAUUUAUUCCUCCGGAAAUUACAGAGGAAACGUUUAAUCUAGAGUCCACCCAUUCUAACGGUGUGUCAGUCAUGAUCGAUAACUCCCUCAGUCCUGCUCAUUCACUUGUUCAGAUUGUUUGCCGUGAUCACAAAGGAAUGCUCUACGAUAUAAUGAGAACUUUAAAGGAUUACAAUAUUCAGAUUUCUUACGGGCGAUUUAUGAGAAAAGAGAAACGCGUUUGUGAGCUUGACUUUUUUAUUGUGCAAGCCGAUGGAAAGAAAAUUGUAGACCCUAGCAAACAGAAGGCACUCCUUUCUCGCAUUCGUAUGGAGUUAUAUCGUCCUCUCAGAGUAGUUUUGGUGAACCGGGGUCCUGAUACAGAGUUGGUUGUUGCCAAUCCUGUGGAGUUAUGUGGGAAGGGACGCCCCCUUGUGUUUUAUGAUAUCACCCUUUCCCUCAAGUUGCUCAAUAUGGACAUCUUCUCGGCUGAAAUUAGCCGGCAUUUGAUUGGAGGCCGGGAAUGGGAAGUUUACAGGGUUUUACUGAAUGAUGUAGAAUUCUCUCUGCCAGAAGGUAAGAUUGAAGAAGCAGUUCACAAAAUGUUGAUGGGUUGGGACAGAUCACAGUAGUGAUUCUUAGAGAUUAUGCAGUAGUGCUGCAUACUUGAUUUGCAGCAAGUCAUUAGGUUUGACUUUUUGCGUAACAUUUUCCCUUCGUCGACUAGAUGUCAAAAAUACAACAGAGUAAGUCAGGAUCGAGCCCAAAUGUAAAUAGCUUCAGUGUACAUACAAGAGAGGAUGAAAGAGUGGAAGUUCAGGGUUGGAUAGCACAUCUGUCUGCCGCUGUUUUUUAAGAUACUGAUUACAGAAAUUCACUUAUUUGUGCAUAUUUUACAUCUGUAAAUAACUAUAAAUUACGGCAUUGUUACUUACUGUUUUAUGUUAGAGACUAUUAGCAAUUUUUCACAA